ACCACCGCCACCGGCCUGCUGCGUCGUUUUGCAUGGAAUUUUGAUCAACAUUCAAAAACAGAUCUGCUGAGUGAAACCGACCAAGCACCCAUUGACCGACUGCAACCGUGUGCUGUUUUUAUCGAGAGGGAUUAUUAGUGUGCCUGCGAAUGGAAGAACACGAGGAAACGGUAUUAUCGGAGCGCAAUCCAACGGGGAAGAUACUGUCGUUGUGCUGGAAUGCGGGUGCUUUGGCAGCCUCGUACUACGAUAUCGAUCAGCUGGAACUGUACGCCGUCCAGCAGGCGAUUGAACCGCGGCCACAGUACGUGCUACUGCGAGAGCUGGUGCGCCGCUACAAUCCACUGUUCUAUCUGAUCUCCGGUCCGUCGUGCUUCCUGGAUGAUUGCGGCGAGCUGCUACGAAUACCGACGCCAGCCAACGAACCAGCACCGGGGCCCUCGACAGUCGAUGGCAACAACACAACCAACACCACCACCACCAGCACAGGGAAUGGACCUCAUAUAAAGAUUCACGAAUUCAAUGCCCGGUCACAGGCAAUCGCAAAGCACCGCCUGCUAGCACUGAAACUUCCGGGUAUGCCGCGCGAGCCGGACGAAAGCGAAUGCCGCACGUUUCUGGAAAGUAUUCUACCGUUCGAGCAAGAGCUACUGGUUCAUAGCGUCGGCAAUCUGCUGCUCCUGCUCGAUGGCAUCGGUGAACCGUUGUCGCCGGAUCGGCUCGUCACGAAGAUCAAUCUCGUCACGCCCAGCACCCAGCUGAUCAUCGAUGGAUUGACGUACGAAGCGUUGCAGAUCUUCGACGCGAGUCGGCACCCGUCCGGUUUCAAGUGCGGCACCGCCGAAAGCCGUGGCAUGUCCGUGUACAGCCUGUUCAACAAGUGUGCCUCGAGGAACGGAGAGCAGUGGCUGGUUCGGCUUAUGACGCAACCGAUCCGGGACCGGGACGAGCUGCAUCGUCGGCACGAGACCGUACAGUGGCUGCUGGAAAACAUCGGGUACGCAAACCAGCUCGAGCAGCACCUCAAGCAUCUCUCCAACCUGGGCCUGCUGUAUCGCAGAAUACUGCAGGGAUCGGCUCGCAACGAGGAUUGGAAGGCAUUCAAGAAGAACCUUUACUAUCUCUACUCUCUCUGCAAGCUGUGCGCGCUCACACUAGACGAUGCAAAGGUAGCGGGCACGUUGAUCGAAAGCCUUGGCCGGUACGUCCGCAACCAUGAUAACGCACUCAAGCAGAUACUCUUCACGAUCGACAAAUGUCUGGACCUCGAGCGGGGUGCCGAAGAGAACAAGCUGAUCAUUCGGACCGGGCUCGACCGGACGAUCGAUCAGCUGCGCGAACAGUACGACGGUUUGCGCCGGUUGGUGCUGGAAACGACGCGCGUCGAGAUGCAAAUUCUUCAGCUCGAUUUGGGCAACAUUUGCGUCACGUACUUACCAUCGUUCGGGUUUGUCAUCAGCACCCAGGUCGAUGAGCAGCUGCAACGUUCCGGUAUCUUCGAGAACGCAUCGUUCGAGUUGGUGUUUCAGGCCGAUGCCACCGCUUACUUUCAGAUUCAACUGUGCAAGGAGCUAAACACCGAGUUCGGUGUGAUGAUUGGGCAGCUGAUCGAACAGGAGCUCGCCUUCCAGACGCGCCUGAUCUCCAGCGUUGGCCACCGGUUUCCCGAGGUAAUGGGAGUGUUUAAGGAUGCCGGCAAGCUGGACGCUCUCCUAUCGUUUGCAACGGUCGCAAAGAUGUACCGCUACGUCAGGCCCUGCGUUGGCGAAGACAAAACGCUCCAAAUCGGUGCCGGCCGCCACGUGAUGCUGGAGCACAGGCGAGACUACCAAGCACACGAUACGAGCGUCGGUGGCGCAAACCUGCAUUACGUUAAUGUGAUCGCGGCUGACUCCACGAUCGGGAAGACGACUUACCUGAAGGAGCUGGCCACGAUCUGCUAUCUGGCGCACAUUGGAUCGUUCGUGCCGGCGGAAUGCGCUCGGAUCCCUCUGCUGGACUCGAUCUAUACACGGCUCGAUCACCCGGAGUCCAUCUUCAGCGGACGAUCCUCGUUUAUGUCCGAGCUCUAUCAAAUGGCGCUGGUACUGCAGAAUUCAAGCUCACGAUCGCUCGUCCUGAUCGAUGAGUUUGGCAAAGGAACGAACUAUGUCGAGGGUAAAGCGCUACUGAUCGCUUCGAUCGAGCAUCUGCUUAAGCGGCAGCAAGACGCACCCGUCACCUUCGUUACAACUCGGUUUGCCAGGAUUGGCGAAUUCCUGCCAGUAUCUCAUCGCUUUCUACGUGUGACGGAAGUAAACUCAAGUGGGACCAGAGACGAGCCCGAAACGUCCCGCAAUGUGACCGGUAAUGAUACCACCACGGUCGACGUAACUGAUCCCAAUCAACUACUCGAGACCGCCUAUCAACUUGCGUCACGUGCCGUCGCAUUCACACUGCUGAAACUUCACCUAACGGUCGGCCGACUACCGGAAGAGGAAACUGUACGGACCCUGUUCAGCGCCACACCGGUCACGCGCGUAAUCGAGCGUUGUCUGGAAAUUUCGCAUCCUUCGACCAGCACUCUGCUCGCGAACGAUGACGUUAACGAAGCGCUGCCUAAUCGAACCGCAGGUUCUACCCACUAG